AUGAGGAAUAUAAAUUCCCUCGGAUCUCUGGAGCGGUGGGUGCACAGGCGGCCAAGUUUCUUGAAAUGGGCAAGCGUCUUGGCCCCAAAAACACAGGAGGUUUCGACAGCAAUUGCCCAAAAGCAAAAUCGAUUGAACUUGGAAAAUAACCAAGAAUUUGACGAAUCUGAAGAAAACAUUUCAGAAAUAUUAGAAGAUGAAAUGGAAAUUUUAGGUAAAAAUAAAGAAAUAAAUAACUUAGAUGAAUUAAAUGAAAUCGACAAAAAACUUGACAGUCAGGAUGAUUUGAAUUUACAAGAUGUUGAGGAUUUAAUAGAAGAUGAAGAGAAAAUCUUAGACAAGUCGGAAGACCAAGACGAAGAAACUGAUCAAGAAGAGUUGGAAGACGAAGAGGAAACUGCUGAUGAUGAAGAUUUGGAAGUCGAAUCUGAUAAAGAAAUAGAAAAUACAGAGGAAGAGGAUAUAAAAAAUGUCGGAUGGGAUAUUGACGAAACUGAAUUUGAUGAAGAUUACGACGUAAAUGAAUAUUUAAAUCAGGACGAAAAGGAUAUUUUAGGUAAUAUUAAACCAGUAAACGCAGAUGAGAUAAACACCGACGAGGAAGAUACUGAUUACCAAUUUGAGGACGAAUUUGAUGAUGAAAAAAUAAAAGAUUCGACAAAAAAUAAAAAAGAAAUCUUAGGUAAUAUCAAAUUUAUAGAUAUUUCCAGAUGA